GCAUGGAUGCUGAAGAAUUCCGUAAAUAUGGGCGAAAAAUGGUUGACUUUAUCGCGGAUUACUUAGAAAAUAUCCGACAACGUGAUGUAGUACAUAAAGUUACCCCGGGUUACCUAAAGAAGCUGCUUCCAACCGAGGCUCCAGAGAAUCCCGAAGAUUUUGAAGAAGUGUUCAAAGACAUUGAAAAGUUUAUAAUGCCGGGGAUAACUCACUGGCAUAGUCCGUAUUUUCAUGGUUAUUUUGCCGCCGGAAACACUUAUCCAUCAAUUUUAGGAGACAUGCUUUCAGACGCCAUUGGUUGCAUAGGAUUUUCAUGGGCUACAAGUCCUGCCUGUACUGAGCUGGAAGUUAUUACCACGGACUGGUUGGGGAAGAUGCUCGCACUUCCGGAAGAAUUCUUACAUUGUGGUCCAGGCAAUGGAGGUGGUGUCAUCCAGUCCACAGCCAGCGAGACCGUUUUCCUGUGUUUGUUAGCAGCUCGAAAUAAAAUUCUCGAUGAAAUAAAGAAAGAGAACCCUGAUUUAGAAGAUAAAGACAUACUUGCUAAACUCGUUGCCUACUGUACUGAUCAGGCAAACUCCUCCGUUCAUCGAUCAGCCUUAUUGGGCGCUGUUAGAAUGCACAAAUUGGACAGCGAUUCGAAUUUUAGCCUUCGAGGUGACACUUUAAGGAAAGCAGUUGAAAAUGACAAAAAACAAGGAUUAAUUCCCUUUUUCCUUUGUGCGUCACUCGGAACAACUGGAACAUGUGCAUUUGAUAAUAUCGAAGAGUUAGGACCUAUAUGCGAGAAAGAAAAUAUAUGGAUGCACAUUGACGCAGCAUAUGCCGGAAGUGCUUUUGUUUGUCCGGAAUAUCGGAAAUACAUGAAAGGGAUAGAGUAUGCGGAGACUUUCAGUGUAAACCCACACAAAUGGAUGCUUAUCAACUUUGAUUUGUCCGUCAUGUGGAUCAAGAAUAGUUCAUAUCUGGUAGAUGCUUUCAAUGUAGAUCCUAUAUAUCUGCGACACACUAAUGAAGGAAAAGUCCCAGACUACAGGCAUUGGCAGAUACCACUUGGAAGACGUUUCCGGUCGUUAAAACUGUGGUUUAUGCUGCGAUCGUACGGUGUUAGCGGAGUUCAGAAGUACAUUCGAAAGCAUUGUCAAUUGGCAAAAAAUUUCGAAAAGCUGAUUUUGGACGAUGGUCGAUUCGAGAUAACAUCCGAAACAGUAAUGGGACUUGUUUGCUUUAGACUCAAGAAGGGAAACAAGGUAACAGAGAAACUGCUCAGCGAGAUUUUGGACGACGGAAGAAUAUACAUGAUCCCUGCUUUCAGUAGAGACACGUACUUCCUUCGACUGGCAGUUGUAGCAGAGCGAACCACGUCUGACGACAUACGGUACUCAUACGAAGUCAUCAGGACGUGCGCUGACAAAAUACUGCAGCAUUUAGAGGACCUUAAAGCAGAUGAACCCGUGGUGGUGGAUAUUGACCUCUCAAGGAAAAAGAACAUUCUCGACGUGAAUGAUGACACCAACAGUACUGUUCAUAUCAAUGGACACACAAAGUGAUACAAUAUCUUCAGUUUUGUGACAUACAUUCGAAACAUUUGCAGCUUCAUUUGUCAAUCGAAAAUGAUUG